AUGGCUCCUCCAGCUGAUUUUGCCAACUAUCCUGAUGUCGUCCAGGGGCCGGACACGGGGUAUGAUCAGCGGGUAGACCACAACCCGGUGCUUCGGGGCUUGCCUCUCGUCGUGGGCGCUGAGAUCGGCUUCAUCUCAAGAUAUCUGCUCAAUAACUCGGGCAUCACCAAGAUCAAGGACAUGCCAGAGCUGGACCAUGUCAUGCCUACUUUCCACCCCACGGUGACGCCCCUCGGCCCAACAGGCCCAAUGCUCGAAUUCGAGCCCGAACUCCUCACAUCCAAGCACGCCUCCUCAAAGUCGCCCCGGUACUACUCCGCAGCCGACUACCACGCCAUGUACAAGAGCGGCGCCCUCACCCCCCUCCAAGUCGUCGAGACCCUCCUCGACCUGACCACCGGCGGAGGCAAGUACAACGACGCCUGGGCGGACGCCCACGGCGCCGAGCGGCUCGCCGUCGAGGCGGCCAAGGCGUCGACGGAGCGGUGGGCCGCGGGGGCGCCGCUCGGCGUGCUGGACGGCGUGCCGGUGGGCGUCAAGGAUGACACGGACGUUAAGGGGUAUGUCAACCACUACGGCAUGAAGUACGACGGCUCGCUGCCGGCGUUUGCGGUGUGCGAGGAGACGGCGUGGCCGGUGAGGAAGCUGCAGGAGGCUGGGGCUAUUGUGCUGGGGAAGAAUAAGAUGCAUGAGCUGGGAUCAGAUACGAGUGGCCUGAACGUCGUCCAAGGAACGCCCACAAACCACCUCAACAACGCCUACUACCCCGGCGGCUCCUCCAACGGCGCCGGGUCCUCCCUCUCGGCCGGCAUCGUGCCCAUCUGCGUCGGCACCGACGCCGGCGGCAGCAUCCGCGUGCCCGCAAACUUCAACGGCGUCUACGGCCUCAAGCCCAGCCACCACCGCACCACGGCCAUGGAGGGCACCGUCUGCGUCACGGGGCCCCUCGCCGCCACCGCCGCCGACCUGACCAUCGCCUACCGCCUCAUGGCCCAGCCCGACCCGUCCUGUCCCACGCAGGCCCGCUUCGCCCUCUCCCUGCCGCCACCAGCCUUCGAUGACCCGGGAAGAAGCAGCGGCCGCGUCAUGGGCGUCUUCCGCGACUGGUACAACAAGGCCGACGCUCCCGUGCGGGACAUCUGCGACCGCGCCCUCGACCACUUCGCCUCACAGCGCGGCUACCACAUC